CUCCAAGUUCCCGCCGCACACCUUCAUGAGCGCUCGCUUUUACCUCCUCCUCGAGGAGCUCCAGCUGCAACAUGACAACAAGGUGGAGGCCGGCCACGCCCUCUACGCCGGCCACGGGAACCAGUCCGGCUCCAGCGACAGCAGCUCCAACCAGCGCUACAAAGGAAAGAACAAGAAGCGCGGCAAAAAACGGCGGCGGCGGCGGCAGCGCCCCCCAAUCGCGCCCCACCUCCUCGUGGCCAGCGGGCGUCAACCCCUGGACAGGCCUCGUUCAGGCCUGGCAGGUGUCCUUCCGGCCUCCUGGCGCCGGAGUACUGGGCCCUCGUCCUCCGUUUCAGGCCCAACAAGCCACGACAGCCCAGCACCUGCCCCAGCUUCCUGCGCUGCCGGAGCAUUCAAAUUCCGACGCCUGGGAUCACAGCGCGCUCUACAGGGACCUUCAGACCGCCGGCGUCGCCACUACGUCGCCGAGCGCUGCCGAUUGGUACCUCGACACCGGAGCCACCAUGCACAUGUCGUCAAGCUCUGGACCUUCCAACACAAACAGUGAAGCUCCGAUGAGAUUCUCCGGGAGACCUCUAUCCUCUGCGGCUGCCACUUCACCACGCUCUCACAGCUUCGUCCUCGGCGUCCGUGGAGUUGUGGCACCAGCGCCUAG